GUGAUUAACAUUUGACGUCAGAUCUGCGCAACCCAUCGCCAACUUCUCUCCACAUGUGAGAUCAUGUCGAAGUCCAAACAAAAGCGAGUGAAAAUACUUUCCCAAGGAAAACAAAAGGGCAAAGAUGGACAACUGACUGACGCUCGAGAAGGGAAUAUAAAUUCAGAGCUGUCCAUUGCAAGACAUCCUAAAGAGUAUGGAAAACCAGAAGAAGUCCGGAAGAAAAGGCUUCAAGAGCUCCAAGAAAAGCAGAGGUUGUCAAGAGAACAGGAGCUGAUGAAGAGGAGGAGUCUGGACAGUUUUCAGAGAGAUAUUCUUCAGCGACAAAGAGAGUUUGAGCAGAGGGAAACUGAAAUGCAGUGUUUAGAGAAGCAUGUCAAUUUUGAAAAUGAGAAUUCAAGAAAGGCGUACUACAGGGAAUUCAAAAAGGUGGUUGAGGCCUCUGAUGUGGUUCUGGAGGUUCUGGAUGCCCGUGACCCUCUUGGCUGCCGUUGUCCUCAGGUGGAGCAGGCUGUCAUUCAGAGUGGCGCUGACAAGAAAAUUGUUCUAGUGCUUAACAAGAUUGACCUGGUGUCCAAGGAGAUUGUUGAGAAAUGGAUCAAGUAUCUUCGCAAUGAAUUUCCCACUGUGGCUUUCAAAGCCUCAACCCAGCAACAGAACAAGAAUUUGAAGCGAAGCAAUGUACCAGUGAACCAGGCCACCGCUGAGCUCCUGGGUAGCAGUGCCUGUGUGGGCGCGGAAUGCCUGAUGAAACUUUUGGGGAACUACUGCCGCAACCUAGACAUUAAGACGGCCAUCACUGUUGGUGUGGUGGGCUUUCCCAAUGUUGGAAAGAGCAGUCUGAUAAACAGUUUGAAGCGGGCACGUGCAUGCAAUGUUGGAGCCACACCUGGCGUAACCAAGUGCCUUCAGGAAAUACACUUGGACAAGCACAUCAAACUUUUAGAUUGUCCUGGCAUUGUCAUGGCAACCUCGACGACUGACGCAGCCAUGAUCCUUCGGAAUUGUGUAAAGAUUGAGCAGCUUGUAGACCCUCUACCUCCAGUCGAAGCCAUCUUAAGACGCUGCAAUAAGACACAGAUCAUGGAACACUAUGGUGUUACUGACUUCCACACAGCUCUAGAGUUCCUGGCUUUGUUGGCACGGCGACAGGGCAAGUUGAGGAAGGGAGGUGUGCCUGAUAAUGACAAGGCGGCAAAGAGUGUCCUAAUGGACUGGACAGGGGGUAGGAUCAGCUACUUUACACACCCCCCGGAGACGCACACUCUUCCCACUCAUGUCUGUGCUGAGAUUGUGGCAGAGAUGGGCAAAGCUUUUGACUGGGAGGAACUGGAGAGGGGAAACCAGGAAGUGCUAGCUGUGUCUUCUUGCCCUGAUGUCCAAAUGGGUUUCUGCAUGGCAACCUCUGGGAUGACUCAGGGUGAUCAAGAAGACCCACCUUGUGACCUGGAAAUGGAAGGUGGAGCUUUGUAUGAGGUUGAGUCCAAGGAUGAAACAGAAUCCAUGGAUGAUUAUCAGGACCCUGAGUUUGGAUCUAUGACUGUGGAGAUAAAAGCGCAAAGGGCAAAGACUGGUGGUUCAGCUGAUGCUGCUGCCCCCAAGGCUGUGGAUUUAAAGGAUAUCUUGAAUGUAGACCCUCUUCAGCAGGGCCAAGCACUCAUGGCUGCUGGGAAGAAAAGGAAGAAACAACAGAAAAGAGCUGACAGAAUUGCUACCAAACUCUCAGACAGCCUGACUACAGCAAUGAACUUCGCAUUUUCAGAUGGAUGAAAAAUAAAAGGUGGAACUUGGAUAAAUUACAGGCUAAGACUGGACAGAGAGAGAGGCCUAUGCAUUAAUCUUAUAUUUCUCCAAUGCCAAAUCAGGAAGAGCGGCCACAUUUUUUCUUGUCACCGUGGUCCCGGUUCCAUUGAUUUCAUUACAAAUAUUGAUGUGAUUAAUUUGCGCAUCCUAUUGAUUGCAGUAGAACAAGCUAAUCAAUUCCAGUCUUGAGUGAGCACCUGUUAAAUAUUGGUCCGUGAGCAGUUUACGUCUACAUAAGAAGACCCCCCUAAGGCACGACCACGCCUUCGAGGAGUCGCUACACAACACAGGAUGCAGUUAGCAAACCUUAGAGCUGGGAAGGACCUGAGCUUUCCCUAUUGUUGUCAGUCUUUGUGACCCACAGGUAGUACUGAACCUACAGAGUACUCAAAUGUUGAAACAAAAGGGCCUACAACCAACUGUAAAUAAGGGAAGUUUGUUUGGAAAACAAACUUGUGAGAAACCAUAUUAGAGUGUUUAUUGUACUUUUGGAAUGGUUUUAGAUAUAUUCACUCCAAAUUUGCAUACCUACAUGAGGGUAGAUAUCCAGGAAGACGUAUGGACUACCCUGGUGUAAAGUUUAUCAAGUCAUUCCGAUUACACAGAUCAGGUAACUUUAAAGGUUUAUUUUGAGAAACAAGAAUACAAGGUAAUCUCUGUAACCUUCUCAAACAAAAGCACAGUGUAAGGAAAACAUUCUAGUAUGGUACUGAACUGAUAUCACCCAGACAAUGGAAAAAAUAACCAACUAGUUAUCACCAAAUUGAAUAUUUGUCCUAAUUGGGAACCAAAUUAAGAAUUAAAGUGAAGUCAUGGAAUGUGUUCAACUGUUAUAUAAACAUACUUGGUAAUGAAUAAAUAGAAGUGAAAUGGUA